GUGGAACCUUUCAAUACGUAUCGCUGUUUUCCCACGGACAGCCCAACAGCAUUCGCAGAAAUGGCAACCUGCACGCGGAUUGUAUGCAGAGUUGUAGCAGGAUGUCAGAGACCGCUGCUGAGUGCCGGUGGUCCCGCGUUAACAGGUGUCUUACAUACCGCACUGAGGAAUGCACCCGUCAGGUACUUGGCAGCUGUGAAGGCACUAAGGAAAGACAAGAAAGAGGACACAGAGAAAGAGGUGAAAAAAGAAAAGAGGGUAAUCGAUGACAAAGACAGACAUAAGCCCUAUGGCAAGACGGCGUGGGCGCCUGUGGAUGACGUGUACGUUAUGAGGUACUACCCCCGGACAAUCUACGAUGCAGCAGACGCCAUCGACAUGUUGAAGAAAUUUCAGAUGUUGGACUUCACUCCUCACAAGCAGCCUAUUUACAUCGAUCUGAGGCUAGACAUGAAAUUGGAAAAAAAGAAAAAGGUUGAACCCUUUGUCAGCACGGUGCACUUACCACACCCCUUCAAGACAGAGAUGAACAAAGUUUUAGUUUUUACUGAGGAUGUUAAUCAAAUUAAAGUUGCUCAGGAGAACGGAGCUGUGUUUGCUGGAGGAGCAGAGCUCAUACAGCCGAUCUUAGAUGACGAAAUCUCAGCAGACUUCUACGUAGCUGUGCCAGAGAUACUGCCAAAGCUUGUACCGCUAAAAAACAAACUGAGGAAGAAGUUUCCAAAGAGCAAGAGAGGCUCAGUCGGCAUUCACAUUCCCAAGAUGUUGGAGUUGUUUAAAACGGGUCACGAGUACAUGGUGGAGAGCGACUGCUACAUCAGGACCCAGAUAGCUAUGCUCGACAUGUCCAGUGAACAAAUCUUUGCCAACCUGCAAACUAUCCUGAUUGAUGUUGUCUCCCACCGACCAGCAAAUACGGGACCUUUGAUCGAGCGGGCAAUCAUCACCAGUCACACCAGUGAAGCUCUGUGGUUCAAAAGUGAAGACGUUUUACCGAAUCCAGCAGAGGAGAAGGAGAAAUGACCUGGUCUCUGAUUGUAUAUACUCACUGCAUUGAAUAAAGUAUUUGUUCUGA